AUGAGCUACGUGGGCGAGACAAAAGACCGGCUGCGGCAUGGCCAAGGCACCUACACGUUCCCGGGCGGCUACUUCAAGUACACGGGGACGUGGUCUCGCGGCAAGAUGCACGGUCAUGGCAUCUUCUUUCUCGGCGAUGGCAGCACGUACGAAGGUGCUUUUGAGCAGGGCGAGAUGACCGGUGCGGGGCUGCGGCGCUGGCCCGACGGGUCGACGUACGCGGGCAGCUUUUGCCACGGCGAACUCGACGGCCACGGCCACGGCGAGCUCUGGGACAUCGAUGGUUCCCACUACGUUGGCGACUUUGAAGCGCACAAGUUUCACGGCGAAGGCCGCAAGACAUUUCCCGACGAGAGCACGUACGACGGGUUUUGGGCCAACGGACGUCAAGAUGGCCUCGGCUCGUACAUGGGUGCCAAUGGCGAGAGCUACGAAGGCAGCUGGGUCGACGGACUUCGAGACGGGAAAGGCCGCGGCGUCUUCCCCGACGGCGUCGUCUACGAUGGCAUGUGGAAAGCGAACCGCCCCGAGCGUACGCGCUGCUCCAUUACGAUAAAGUACUCACUAUGCAGUCAAAUCUCUAGAUCGCUCGUGUGGCCUCGUCAUCUCCCGACUCGGGUCGGACUAUACGACCGUGGACCCGACGCCGUUGGUGUUUCGAGAGGACAAGCCGACUGA